UGAUUUAAUUCCACCAUUUUUAACAUUUUCCGGUGCAAGUUUCGACGUACGAACUGAGGGUUGUGCCAGGUGUCGCUUGAAACUUUAAAGUGUCCGACAAAGAUAGCAAGAGGACUUAUGUGUGAGAUCAGUCCACCAUCUAGAAUUGUGAACUACACGCGGGCGAAAUGGUACGGUUCGUCGGUCUAUCUUGAAGAUAUUAGAAUGGCAAUUUCCCAAAGAAAAUGCUAAUUGAAUUUUAUUGAUUUUCUUAAAAUAGGUAUGUGUAAAUUUCGCAAUUUUCCGGUGAAUUUUUCACGUAUUGUUGGCGGAAAUUCAACUGUAAGGAAUUUAAAGUUGUAGCCUUGCCAUGGGAGAUUGCCAUUUAAAUUACAACAACCCCACUUGCGAGGAAAAAUUCUGUAAAUAUUCAUACUCGAGCUGGUGUCCUACUUGCGAGAGGAACUCGCCGAGGCGUCGAUCGAAAAGCGAGACCAACAAUGAGUGCCGAAGAAAAUGCAGAGAAAUGAAAACUCUCUCCCCAAAAAAAUACACUCGCAGCCAGGAGUACGAAAAUAUGGAUUUGGAGCUCGACUACGACUCGAGGGAAUUCUGGUAUGAAGCGCCAAAGGAGAAUUAUCGCCACAUUCGAUCAAACCAGCUGUGCGAAUUGCCAACUUCUUACAUCACGAACAAUUGCCAAACUUCAAAAUUAUUACCAACUGAGUAUGCCGAUAAAAAUGUCAAAAAUUAUGAUCCACCACUGAAGAUGAAACAGGAAGACUUGUUCGAGGUCCUGAAGUAUGAAAAGGCUAAGCACCUGAAUGGUUUUGCGAAAAAGUCGCAAUCCAGAGAAGCGGCCAAACAACCGUACAAUUAUUAUGACAAUCAUUUAAGUUUCGAUACGAGCACUUAUUUUGAUAAAAUUCGCGAUGCUUCGUCGUUGCAUGAACGGUAUUUAAAGGAAAUUGAAUCUGUGCGUGAACGAAUAGCUUUAUGGAAAAAUUGCAAGAAAGUUGAUGUAGAGGGUAGAAAUCAAGUAAAGUGUGUUUCGUUUUAUGCUGAUAGCACUUCCAAAGUCAUAGAGGUUAAUAGCAGACUGCAGCAUAAUCAAGCUAAGGGGGUUGAGGUGAUCAAAAAGGCAGAUCACUUUAAAAGUGCCAACUCAAAGUCUGUUAAUGAUAUCAUUUGCAUCAGUCAGAGCGAAAUUGGCCCAAGGCCCAAGAAAAUUGCCAUUAAAACGAAAAAGGCGAAUAUUAACAAGAUUAAGAAAAUUCCCUCCAGUAAGAUUUUGUCAAGUGCUAGCCAAAUUUCGGAGUUUGUGGAGAGUGACUACAGCGGUUCAGAUGAGAGCGAACCGGAGCUAGCUGAAGAAGUCAAUGGCGACGACGAGUCGGAAAGCCUCAGUGAGGCAACGUGUGUUCCAGACGCCGACGCCGAAAAUGCCGUUCUACAAUCGGAGUUGGGUGACGGCGACGCUAAAGGUUGGCCCGUACGUCCCAGCCUCUUCCCCCACAUCCCCCCGUACAUACGCUUCAGCACCCACGACGCCGAGAUUCCCGUCAAAGUGCCCGCCGGCCGUCGACUGUUCAAAUGGAAACUUAGCACAAUCACUCCGAUCGUCGUCCGUAAAACGUUAACGAAUUCUGGUUUUGCGAUGGUUAGAAGUGAGUUCAGUCGAGUGCCGUCGGUCGAGUUGCUUUCACAGUAUAACCUUUCAGAAUCGAAUCAGUGGUUAGGCACGUGGGGCAAGCACAUGAAAUCGCCGAUGUUCAAAACGCUCAAAGAAACGCAAAAACUCAACCACUUCCCCGGAACCUUCCAAUUGGGUCGUAAAGACCGGCUGUGGCGCAACUUCCAAAGACUCAUUAAUAAGUUCGGAUAUAAAGAAUUCGGUUUCAUUCCUCAGACGUUUAUUCUACCUCAAGAACUGAAAAUACUCAAGCAGAACUGGGAAUAUAAAAACGGAAGCGGAGAGGCGUGGAUCAUCAAACCUCCGGCGUUAGCGCGAGGUGUAGGCAUCAAAGUGAUAAACAAAUGGUCCCAGCUGCCAAAAAAAAUGUCAUUGGUUGUGCAAAAAUACAUUUCAAAUCCGUACCUGAUUAACGGGAGCAAGUUUGAUCUCAGAUUGUAUGUUCUGGUUACUAGUUUUAAUCCAUUACGCAUUUACUUGUAUCCUGAUGGUUUAGCAAGGUUUGCUAGUGCCAAAUAUAGCAGUGACGCUAAGGAUCUUAAGGAUAGAUAUAUGCAUUUAACCAAUUAUAGCAUUAAUAAGCUUUCCAGUCAAUAUACAGCUAAUGAGGACGCCAAUGCUUGUCAGGGACAUAAAUGGACCAUAACCAAGCUGCUCGAAUACAUGGCCAAACAAGGAAUCGAUACCAAAGCCUUAUGGAAAAACCUCCAAUCACUCGUGAUCAAAACGAUAAUCAGCGGCGAAGCCCCCAUCCAUCAGCUCUGCGAAGAAAACAUGUUGAGUCGUUACAAUUGCUACGAACUGUUCGGUGUGGACGUUCUCCUCGACGAAAACUUAAAACCUUGGCUGCUAGAGGUGAACAUUUCCCCAAGCUUGCACAGUUCGAGUCCUCUGGACGCUCACGUCAAAGGUCCUCUAGUCCAAAUGUUAUUCGAUCUCGCCCAAUUCCACUUCCCACCUAGACUGUCCCAAACCGUCCGCCAAAGCCCUCAGUGCUUCGAACCCAAGCUCUACACGACCGCAUUAACGAAGAAGGAACGCGAGAAACACAGACUUUUCGAGGCGUACGAAUGCCGGCAGGACUACAUGGAGGACAUCCUGCUGGAGCUAACCGGAGACGACGUCCGCAAGCUUACGCAGGCCGAGGACGAGAUGACCGUGAGGGGGAGAUUCGAGAGGAUUUUUCCCACGGCGCAGACGUACAAGUACCUCAAUUUCAUGGAAGUGAGGUACUACAAUCGGCUGUUCGAUGCGUGGGAGAACAAGUUCGAGAAGAAUAGACUGGGGGGUGUCAACCUGUUGAGGGCGCUUUGCGCCGAAAAAGUGCACUUAAAGGUUGCUCCGCAAAGCACUGUUCAUAAGAACUCGCACAAUAUGAGCCUUGGGUCUGUGAAUCUGCAACCAUCGAAGGAAGGUCAGAGUCGUCCGCUAGUAGAAAUUCUGCAAGAAGUAACAAUCGAAAACAAACCUAGUUGUAAUUCUGUUGUGUAAUUAAUACUAAAUGGAAUUUUUCAUCUAUUUUGGAGUCGUUUUGUUUUAAUGAAUUGUUUCUUGACGUGAAUGAGAAAAACACCAGCAUUUAAAACUGCCAAAUUUGUACGGUGUAUGAUAUUUUUCUUGUUGUUAAAUUAUUGUAGCCAGAUUAUUCCUUUUAUAUUUGCAUUUACAGCAAAUUCAUGUGUUUUUUUAAGUUUUUUUUAUUGAAUUAUUAGUACUGUAUUUUAGUCAAAAUAAACUAUUUCUCUAAUAGUGUUAACUGUUUUCGUCGUGCUCUGGGGCUUCACGGGGAAUUUCUAUCCUUUGCACUGUGACAUUCAGUUGCAUUCUUAUGUCUAGCAAAAAGCAAAGAAAAAUUAUGAAAAGGGGCACCUUCAAGCGUAAGGAAUAGCCCAGUUUCAGCAAAAACAUCAGCGGCUCGGCUAGCGGCAUCUAUAUUGAUCUGGAUGUUGGACGAUAAAUGAGUUUGAUUUUUA